AUGAUGCACUAUGCUGAUCAGGAAAACAUAUGCGUCCUACUAGGAAAAACUCUGGCAUUCUUGCUAAGUUCAAAUUGUCAGGAACAGCUCAGUACGAUACUUUCAUUGACUGUGUAUGUUUUCUCAUUUGCAGUGAAUCCCUGCUGCUAUUACCCCUGUCAAAACUGGGGUGUGUGUUUAAGGUUUGGCACUGACCGCUAUGAAUGUGACUGCACUCGCACCGGCUUCUAUGGACAGAAUUGCACUAUCCGUAAGUGAAAUGUUUUGCUUAUACAUUCUUUGGAUGAAAGUUACAUUUUCCAUUUUCCUCCCUGGCUUAUCAAAACAUUGCUAUCAUUUCCUGAUGUGCAGAAGGACUUGUAAUGAGUAAAAUGAAAAGAAAAGAAAAGAAAAGAAAAGACGAAAGCAUUACAUAACCAGGGAAUAACAUUUCCAGGCCAUAAAAGUUAAUAUUUUGGUAGUUGGGUUCUGCACAGCUGGGGUAUAGCUUUACGAAGCCAGGGAGAUGGAUAUAUUUUUGUGUCCUAACUCUGUUAUAGUUUAGUUGAGAAAUGUCUACGUCUUUUAGAGUUCCACCGGUCUCUCAUCCAUCCAGUAGCUUGCAAACUCUUUAUUUUUCUCAUUCCCCCUCUUCCAUCCUAACGGGACCUGACAUGAUCCUCAUGAUGAGUAAUAGUGAAUAGUGUUUCAAAUUCAGUCAUGUUUUGUGGUGUACCAUUGACACUUGUAGGAUAGGUUUCUGGGAAUCAUAGUGCAUCACUUUAUUGAACCAGCAUUUAAUAAUGAAUAAUACCAAGACGAAAUGAAAUGAGUUUCAAUGUCUCUUAAUACUGCUAGUUGUGAAAUAAGGUAACGGAUAUCAGGUGAAAAGUUAAUGCCAUGUUCAAACUGGCAUACCAGUGCAAAACCUUGCUUAUCAAAAAAUGUAACAUUUACAGUGCCUUCAGAAAGUAGUCAUACCCCUUGACUUAUUCCACAUUUUGUUGUGUUACAGCCUGAAUUUUAAAUGGAUUAAAUAUAUUUUAUUCCUCACCCAUCUACACACAAUACCCCAUAAUGACAAGUGAAAACAUGUUUUUAGACAUUUUUGCAAAUGUAUUGAAAAUGAAAUACAGAAAUAUCUCAUUUACAUAAGUAUUCACAUCCCUGAGUCAAUACGUUAGACACCUUUGGCAGAGAUUACAGCUGUGAGUCUUUCUUGGUAAGUCUCUAAGAGCUUUGCACACCUGGAUUGUACAAUAUUUGCCCAUUAUUCUUUUCAAAAUUCUUCAAGCUCUGUCAAAUUGGUUGUUGAUCAUUGCUAGACAAACAUUUUCAAGUCUUGCCAUAGAUUUUCAAGCAGAUUUAAGUCAAAACUGUAACUCAGCCACUCAGAAAAAUGUACUUUGUUCUUGACAAGCAACUCCAGUGUAUAUCUGGCCUUAUGUUUUAGGUUAUUGUCCUGCUGAAAGGUAAAUUCAUCUCCCAGUGUCUGGUGGAAAGUAGACUGAACCAGAUUUUCCUCUAGGAUUUUGCCUGUGCUUAGCUCCAUUCCAUUUCUUUUUUUUAUCCUGAAAAACUCCCCAGUCCUUAACAAUUACAAGCAUAACCUUUACAGUGAGGGAAAAAAGUAUUUGAUCCCCUGCUGAUUUUGUAAGUUUGCCCACUGACAAAGAAAUUAUCAGUCUAUAAUUUUAAUGGUAGGUUUAUUUGAACAGUGAGAGACAGAAUAACAACAAAAAAAUCCAGAAAAACGCAUGUCAAAAAUGUUAUAAAUUGAUUUGCAUUUUAAUGAGGGAAAUAAGUAUUUGACCCCCUCUCAAUCAGAAAGAUUUCUGGCUCCCAGUUGCCUUUUAUACAGGUAACGAGCUGAGAUUAGGAGCACACUCUUAAAGGGAGUGCUCCUAAUCUCAUCUUGUUACCUGUAUAAAAGACACCUGUCCACAGAAGCAAUCAAUCAAUCAGAUUCCAAACUCUCCACCAUGGCCAAGACCAAAGAGCUCUCCAAGGAUGUCAGGGACAAGAUUGUAGACCUACACAAGUCUGGAAUGGGCUACAAGACCAUCGCCAAGCAGCUUGGUGAGAAGGUGACAACAGUUGGUGCGAUUAUUCGCAAAUGGAAGAAACACAAAAUAACUGUCAAUCUCCCUCGGCCUGGGGCUCAAUGCAAGAUCUCACCUCGUGGAGUUGCAAUGAUCAUGAGAACAGUGAGGAAUCAGCCCAGAACUACAUGGGAGGAUCUUGUCAAUGAUCUCAAGGCAGCUGGGAUCAGAGUCACCAAGAAAACAAUUGGUAACACACUACGCCGUGAAGGACUGAAAUCCUGCAGCGCCUGCAAGGUCCCCCUGCUCAAGAAAGCACAUAUACAGGGCCGUCUGAAGUUUGCCCAUGAACAUCUGAAUGAUUCAGAGGUGAACUGGGUGAAGUGUUGUGGUCAGAUGAGACCAAAAUGGAGCUCUUUGGCAUCAACUCAACUCGCCGUGUUUGGAGGAGGAGGAAUGCUGCCUAUGACCGCAAGAACACCAUCCCCACCGUCAAACAUGGAGGUGGAAACAUUAUGCUUUGGGGGUGUUUUUCUGCUAAGGGGACAGGACAACUUCACCGCAUCAAAGGGACGAUGGACGGGGCCAUGUACCGUCAAAUCUUGGGUCCUUCCCUCAGCCAGGGCAUUGAAAAUGGGUUGUGGAUGGGUAUUCCAGCAUGACAAUGACCCAAAACACAUGGCCAAGGCAACAAAGGAGUGGCUCAAGAAGAAGCACAUUAAGGUCCUGGAGUGGCCUAGCCAGUCUCCAGACCUUAAUCGCAUAGAAAAUCUGUGGAGGGAGCUGAAGGUUCGAGUUGCCAAACGUCAGCUUUGAAACCUUAAUGACUUGGAGAAGAUCUGCAAAGAGGAGUGGGACAAAAUCCCUCCUGAGAUGUGUGCAAACCUGGUGGCCAACUACAAGAAACGUCUGACCUCUGUGAUUGCCAACAAGGGUUUUGCCACCAAGUACUAAGUCAUGUUUUGCAGAGGGGUCAAAUACUUAUUUCACUCAUUAAAAUUGAAAAAUCAAUUUAUAACAUUUUUGACAUGCAUCUUUCUGGAUUUUUUUGUUGUUAUUCUGUCUCUAAUUGUUCAAAUAAACCUACCAUUAAAAUUGUAGACUGAUCAUGUCUUUGUCAGUGGGCAAACGUACAAAAUCAGCAGGGGAUCAAAUACUUUUUUCCCUCACUGUACAUGAUGCAGCCACCACUAUGCUUGAAAAUAUGGAGAGUGGUACUCAGUAAUGUGCUGUAUUGGAUUUGCCCAAAACAUAACACUUUAUUUUCAGGACAUAAAAUUAAUUUCUUUGUCACAUUUUUUUUUGCAGUAUUACUUUAGUGCCUUGUUGCAAACAGGAUGCAUGUUUUGGAAUAUUUGUAUUCUCUACAGGCUUCCUUUUCACUCAAUUAGGUUAGUAUUGUGGAGUAACUACAAUGUUGUUGAUCCAUCCUCAGUUUUCUCCUAUCAUAGCCAUUACAUUCUGUAACUGUUUUAAAGUCACCAUUGGCCUCAUGGUGAAAUCCCUGAGUGGUUUCCUUCCUCUCUGGCAACUGAGUUAGGAAGGACGCCUGUAUCUUUGUAGUGACUGGAUGUAUUGAUACACCAUCCAAAGAGCAAUUAAAACUUCAACAUGCUCAAAGGAUUAUUCAAUGUCUGCUUUUUUUUUUUACCCAUCUACCAAUAGGUGCCCUUCUUUGCGAGCCAUUGAAAAACGUCCCUGGUCUUUGUGGUUGAAUCUGUGUUUGAAAUUCACUGCUCGACUGAGGGACCUUACAGAUAAUUGUAUGUGUGGGGUACAAAGAUGAGGUAGUCAUUCAAAAAUCAUGUUUAACACUAUUAUUGCACACAGAGUGAAUCCAUGCAACUUAUUAUGUGACUUGUUAAGAACAUCUUUUACUCCUGAGCUUAUUUAGGCUUGUCAUAACAAAGGGGUUAAAUACUUAUUGACUCGAGACAUUUCAGCUUUUCAUUUGUAAUUAAUUUGUAAACAUUUUGAAAAACAUAUUUCCACUUUGACAUUAUGGGUAGUUGUGUGUAGGUCAGUGACAAAAAAACUCAAUGUAAUCUAUUUUAAAUUCAGGCUGUAAUGCAACAAAAAGUCAAGAGGUGUGAAUACUUUCUGAAGGCAUUUCGAACUCCAGACGUAUGUAAAUAUUUUCAUACCAGAGGAGCCAGGGAUCAGUAAUGAUUGAUGCAGAUAGCACUAGAUGGUUGCAUUUCUCACCUCCUCUCUAACCUCCACUACUAGGACACUCUGUCCUGGGCUGCCCCAGCAUAUCUAACAGGCAUGUUUGUUUUGGGAACUAUACAAUUCUACUUUCAGGACAUUUAAGCUGUGGAAGUUUUUGCAUAGUCCAUCUAUAGAUGCUCAAUAAAGGACAGACUUUCAGUAACAUGUCAACUGCAUGUCUGUGAAGUGUGGACUAUCAAAAUGAGGUGAAAUGAACAAAGAUCCCCUUAUCACAGCUCAAAGUCAAAAGAAACAGGUCAGGUUUGAGUUGAACACCAAGCAAUAUAUAUAUAUAUAUAUUCGCGAGAAAAAAACCAUAUGGGGGAUUGGAAGUGAUGCAGACAAUUACAGUGAGGGGAAAAAAGUAUUUGAUCCCCUGCUGAUUUUGUACGUUUGCCCACUGACAAAGAAAUGAUCAGUCUAUAAUUUUAAUGGUAGGUUUAUUUGAACAGUGAGAGACAGAAUAACAACAAAAAAAUCCAGAAAAACGCAUGUCAAAAAUGUUAUAAAUUGAUUUGCAUUUUAAUGAGGGAAAUAAGUAUUUGACCCCCUCUCAAUCAGAAAGAUUUCGGCCUCCCAGGUGUCUUUUAUACAGGUAACGAGCUGAGAUUAGGAGCACACUCUUAAAGGGAGUGCUCCUAAUCUCAGUUUGUUACCUGUAUAAAAUAUACCUGUCCACAGAAGCAAUCAAUCAAUCAGAUUCCAAACUCUUCACCAUUGCCAAGACCAAAGAGCUCUCCAAGGAUGUCAGGGACAAGAUUGUAGACCUACACAAGGCUGGAAUGGGCUACAAGACCAUCGCCAAGCAGUUUGGUGAGAUGGUGACAACAGUUGGUGCGAUUAUUCACAAAUGGAUGAAACACAAAAUAACUGUCAAUCUCCCUCGGCCUGGGGCUCCAUGCAAGAUCUCACCUCGUGGAGUUGCAAUGAUCAUGAGAACGGUGAGGAAUCAGCCCAGAACUACACGGGAGGAUCUUGUCAAUGAUCUCAAGGCAGCUGGGACCAUAGUCACCAAGAAAACAAUAGGUAACACACUACGCCGUGAAGGACUGAAAUCCUGCAGCGCCCGCAAGGUCCCCCUGCUCAAGAAAGCACAUAUACAGGGCCGUCUGAAGUUUGCCAAUGAACAUCUGAAUGAUUCAGAGGAGAACUGGGUGAAAGUGUUGUGGUCAGAUGAGACCAGAAUCGAGCUCUUUGGCAUCAACUCAACUCACCGUGUUUGGAGGAGGAGGAAUGCUGCCUAUGACCCCAAGAACACCAUCCCCACCGUCAAACAUGGAGGUGGAAACAUUAUGCUUUGGGGGUGUUUUUCUGCUAAGGGGACGGGACAACUUCACCGCAUCAAAGGGACGAUGGACGGGGCCAUGCACUGUCAAAUCUUGGGUGAGAACCUCCUUCCCUCAGCCAGGGCAUUGAAAAUGGGUUGUGGAUGGGUAUUCCAGCAUGACAAUGAGUGGCUCAAGAAGAAGCACAUUAAGGUCCUGGAGUGGCCUAGCCAGUCUCCAGACCUUAAUCCCAUAGAAAAUCUUUGGAGGGAGCUGAAGGUUUGAGUUGCCAAACGUCAACCUCGAAACCUUAAUGACUUGGAGAAGAUCUGUAAAGAGGAGUGGGACAAAAUCCCUCCUGAGAUGUGUGCAAACCUGGUGGCCAACUACAAGAAACGUCUGACCUCUGUGAUUGCCAACAAGGGUUUUGCCACCAAGUACUAAGUGGGGUCAAAUACUUAUUUCCCUCAUUAAAAUGCAAAUCAAUUUAUAACAUUUUUGACCUGCGUUUUUCUGGAUUUUCUUGUUGUUAUUCUGUCUCUCACUGUUCAAAUAAACCUACCAUUAAAAUUAUAGACUGAUCAUGUCUUUGUCAGUGGGCAAACGUUUUCCGAGCUGGUCAUGGGUGCACUUCAGCCACGCUCAAGGUCCUAAACGAUAAUAUAACCGCGAUCGAUAAUAGACAGUACUGUGCAGCCGUCUUCAUCGACCUGGCCAAGGCUUUCGACUCUGUCAACCACCACAUUCUUAUUGGCAGACUAAAUAGCCUUGGUUUCUCAAAUGACUGCCUCGCCUGGUUCACCAACUACUUCUCAGAUAGAGUUCAAUGUGUCAAAUCGGAGGGCCUGUUGUCUGGACUUAUGGCAGUCUCUAUGGGGGUGCCACAGGGUUCAAUUUUUGGGCCGACUCUUUUCUCCGUGUAUAUCAAUGAUGUCGCUCUUGCUGCUGGUGACUCUCAGAUCCACCUCUACGCAGACGACACCAUUUUGUAUUAAUCUGUCCCUUCAUUGGACACUGUGUUAACAAACCUCCAAACGAGCUUCAAUGCCAUACAACACUCCUUCAGUAGCCUCCAACUGCUCUUAAACACUAGUAAAACUAAAUGCAUGCUCUUCAAUCGAACGCUGCUGGCACCCGCCCACCCGACAAGAAUCACUACUCUCGACGGGUCUGACCUAGGGUAUGUGGACAACUACAAAUACCUAGGUGUCUGGUUAGACUGUAAACUCUCCUUCCAGACUCACAUUAAGAAUCUCCAAUCCAAAGUUAAAUCUAGAAUCGGCUUCCUAUUUCGCAACAAAGCCUCCUUCACUCAUGCUGCCAAACAUGCCCUCGUAAAACUGACUAUCCUACCGAUCCUUGACUUCGGCGAUGUCAUUUACAAAAUAGCCUCCAACACUCUACUCAGCAAAUUGGAUGUAGUCUAUCACAGUGCCAUCCGUUUUGUCUCCAAAGCCCCAUACACUACCCACCACUGUGACCUGUACGCUCUUGUUGGCUGGUCCUCACUACAUGUUCGUUGUCAAACCCACUGGCUCCAGGCCAUCUAUAAAUCACUGCUAGGCAAAUCCCCGCCUUAUCUUAGCUCAUUGGUCACCAUAGCAGCACCCACCCGUAGUCUGCGCUCCAGCAAGGUAUAUCUCACUGGUCAUCCCCAAAGCCAACACCUCCUUUGGCCGCCAUUCCUUCCAGUUCUCUGCUGCCAAUGACUGGAACGAAUUGCAAAAAUCUCUGAAGCUGGAGACUCUUAUCUCCCUCACUAACUUUAAGCAUCAGUUGUCAGAGCACCUUACCGAUCACUGCACCUGUACACAGCCCAUCUGAAAGUAGCCCUACCCAACUACCUCAUCCCUAUAUUGUUAUUUAUUUUGCUCUUUUGCACCCCAGUAUCUCUAUUUGCACAUAAUCUCUUGCACAUCUAGCAUUCCAGUGUUAAUACUAAUUGUAAUUAUUUUGCACUAUAGCCUAUUUAUUGCCUUACCUCCAUAACUUGCUACAUUUGCACACACUGUAUAUAUAUUUUUUUACUUUAUGUUUUUUUACCCCAUAUGUAACUCUGUGUUGUUGUUUUUAUCGCACUGCUUUGCUUUAUCUUGGCCAGGUCGCAGUUGUAAAUGAGAACUUGUUCUCAACUGGCUUACCUGGUUAAAUAAAGGUGAGAAAAAAAAAAAACGUACAAAAUCAGCAGGGGAUCAAAUACUUUUUUCCCUCACUGUACAUUGAUGGAAGUUACAAUCUAUGUGCAAUAUUAAACCUGAUCUACCCCUAAAAAAAGAAAAAAAGGAAAAAGGAAAGCAAGCAAUUUCCAGUGUGGAAAUUUUUCUGAUAAUAUAGCUUUACAAUGUCAAAUAUACAGUGGAGUUUAAAUUGGAUAAACUCAGAACUGAGUCUCCUCUAUCCCAUCAACGGUCUGUAUAUCCUCUUCCUUGUCAUCAUUCUGUCUCUGCUAAAUGUCUCCUUAUGUGGAGUCCUCAUCAUCAGUAGUCUAGAAUGCUACCAUGGUUGAUUGCCUCUCAACCUGCUGCUAUUAUGGUUGGCAGCAGCAGUGUUUCCCCUUACUAUUAUUCAGGCAGGGUGGGCCAUCUGCCUUGCUCUGUUUCCUCCACCUUUAGUUUGGCCUGAAUUAAUCUCAGUUGAAAAUAUUGUCUUUGGAAGCCCUGGAUGAUUAUUUAGGGACCCUGCACCCUGCCUGUGAAGUAAUCUGAGGGAAACAUUGACUGGCAGUCUAGGAGGGCCCCAGAGUGAUACUGUACUGCAGGGAUCAUCAACUAUUAUUUUUUUCUUGAGCGGAUGAUCGGGGGGCCGAAACAUAAUAACAAAUAAAUUGUAGACUGCAAAUUGACCACAAGAAGCCCAUAUAUAAUAGUUGACUAAAACAUCAUCAUUUCAAAUCUUGCUUUCAUCUGUAUGCGAUCACAUGUCUCUCUAUUAUGUGUGGGAAUACUUGGGAACAGAUUGGGGAACCCUGCUGUACUGUAUGUAACGUCUGUUAUAUCAAAGCUUUUUGCAUAAUCUUGUUUUACCCCUACUGUGUGCCUUCUCUCUCUGUGUGUAGCUGAGUUCUGGACAAGGGUCUACCAGAAGCUGAAGCCAAGCCCUGAUGUGGUCCACUACAUCCUCACACACUUCCACUGGCUGUGGAGCCUCAUCAACAGGACCUUCCUACGGGACUGGCUCAUGAGGAUGGUCCUCACAGGUUAGUCGCCUGGCAUUCAGUGCAGCCGUGGUGAGCAUUCUGGCACAAAAGGGUUGCCGUGCAUCAGCCUGGUGGGUGCUGUGUAUAAGGGGUGGAAGGGCUAACUUAAUCCCAUACAAUGUACAGUGCUUUGCAACCAGGGGGAACAUAUUAUUAUUAUGGAAAUGCAUGCAUGCAUGGAUCCAUUAUGGUGUUGCAACAGUUGAAAAUGCAUUAACGCUCUCCAGAGUUCUUCAAGUACUGCAUCCUUGUGGUCCUCUGUAGCUCAAUUGGUAGAGCAUGGCGCUUGUAAUGCCAGGGUAGUGGGUUCGAUUCCCGGGACCACCCAUAUGUAAAAAUGUAUGCACGCAUGACUGUAAGUCACUUUGGAUAAAAGCGUCUGCUAAAUGGCAUAUUAUAUUAUAUUAUAUUAUUAUCCUUAUCUCAUUUUAACUACCCAGAGCCAUAUAUAUUCAUAUACAGUGCAUUCGCAAAGUAUUCAGACCCCUUUACUUUUUCCACAUUUUGUUACGUUACAGCUUUAUUCUAAAAUUGAUUAAAUUAGGUUUUUCACCAUCAAUCUACAAACAGUACCCCAUAAUGACAAAGAAAAAACAGGUUUGUAGAAAUAUCACAUUUACGUAAGUAUUCAGACCCUUUACUCAGUACUUUGUUGAAGCACAUUUUGCAGCGAUUACAGCAUCGAGUCUUCUUGGGUAUGACGCUACAAGCUUGGCACACCUGUAUUUGGGGAGUUUGUCCCAUUCUUCUCUGCAGAUCCUCUCAAGCUCUGUCAGGUUGGAAGGAGAGCGUCGCUGCACAGCUAUUUUCAGGUCUCUCCAGAGAUGUUUAAUCGGGUUCAAGUCCGGGCUCUGGCUGGACCACUCAAGGACAUUCAGAGACUUGUCCCAAAGCCACUCCUGCGUUGUCUUGGAUGUGUGCUUACGGUCGUUGUCCUGUUGGAAGGUGAACCUUCGCCCCAGUCUGAGGUCCUGAGCGCUCUGGAGCAGGUUUUCAUCAAGUAUCUCUCUGUACUUUGCUCUGUUCAUCUUUCCCUUGAUCCUGACUAGUCUCCCAGUCCCUGCUGCUGAAAAACAUCCCCAUAGCAUGAUGCUGCCACCAACAUGCUUCACCGUAGGGAUGGUGGCAGGUUUCCUCCAGACGUGACACUUGGCAUUCAGGCCAAAGAGUUCAAUCUUGGUUUCAAUCAGACCAGAGAAUCUUGUUUCUCCUGGUCUGAGAGUCAUUUAGGUGCCUUUUGGCAAACUCCAAGCAGGCUGUUAUGUGCCUUUUACUGAGGAGUGGCUUCCGUCUGGCCACUACGAUAAAGGCCUGAUUGGUGGUGCUGCAGAGAUGGUUGUCCUUCUGAAAUGUUCUCCCAUCUCCACAGAGGACCUUUGUCAGAAUGACCAUCGGGUUCUUGGUCACCUCCCUGACCAAGGCCCUUCUCCCCCGAUUGUUCAGUUUGUCCGGGCGGCCAGCUCUAGGAAGAGUCUUGGUGGUUCAAAACUUCUUCCAUUUAAGAAUGAUGGAGGCCACUUUGUUCUUGGGGACCUUCAAUGCUACAGAAAUGUUUUGGUUCCCUUCCCCAGAUCUGUGCCUUGACACAAUCCUGUCUCGGAGCUCUACAGACAAUUCCUUCGACCUCAUGGCCCUCAUGGCCCUGACAUGCACUGUCAACUGUGGGACCUUAUAUAGACAGGUGUGUGCCUUUCCAAAUAAUGUCCAAUCAAUUGAAUUUACCACAGCUGGACUCCAAUCAAGUUGUAGAAACAUCUCAAAGAUGAUCAAUGGAAACAGGAUGCACAUGAGCUCAAUUUCGAGUCUCAUAGCAAAGGGUCUGAAUACUUAUGUGAAUAAGGUAUUUCUGAUCUUUAUUUUAUAUAAAUCUGAUAAAUUUAUAAAAUCAGUUUUUUGCUUUGUCAUUAUGGGGUAUUGUGUGUAGAUUGAUGAGGAAAAAUACAUACAUUUAUCAAUUUUAGAAUAAGGCUGUACCGUAACAAAAUGUGGAAAAAGUAAAGGGGUCUGAAUACUUUCCGAAUGCACCGUAUCUACUCUUAUGUUACUGCACUAAGAGAAGAGUUUCUCUUCCCUACCAAUGCACUCAGACUACGGCAGAAUAAUUGGACAGUUUGCUUACGACUUGUGUUCAUUUGCCUCCUGGUUCCUUUGUUAUGUUCCCAGCAUGUAAAUAUUUGGAUAACACAUAUUGGCCCAUGGUUUCAUCACCACACUCUGAGCUCUCCCUUCUAACUCUCUACAACUGCAGACAGUUUUAGGUGUAUUUAAAAGGUUUAACAUCUAAGAGAGGGGCAUGGUGAGGUAUUGUAAGUGAUCUCAGAAGCCAGGGCUGUUGCCUUAAGAAAAUAGGAAGGAAGGGGUCACUGAGGCCACUACUCAUCACAAGAUACACACUGCCUUAAAGUCUAAAUAGCAGCAGCAGCUGUGAUCAUAGGGACUUUUUUAUUUGAGUUGGUCAAUAUAUUUGUUAUUUAUAUUUGCAUCCUACAACACUUUCUACUCACCAUACUGUCAUUCAUUUGUAUAGCUAGGCUGGUUUUAUGCUGGCCCACACUCUCUCAACCUAUUUCCUCCUGCCUGUGUUUGUGUGCGUGCUAACUGGUAGUUGGGUGGCGCUGCGUACCCUGGCCUGACAUCCUGACCUUAUUUAUUCAGUCUCUUUCCCAGGCCUGUGCUCCAUGGCCCUCUAGCUGAUUUACCACCUCGCUCAAAAUAUCUCUUCCUUUCAUGGAGAGUGGAAUGAGACUUUCUCACCUCUGUCUCCCUUCUUUCUAACCCCAUGACUGGGAAGAGGCACUACCUAGUGUGCUACCAAUCUGAGGGGUGUGUUAUGGUGGUAAAGUGAGGGAGGGUUGUGAUUAGGCCCGGGACGAUACCAGUAUCGCAAUAUUUUUUCCAUGCCAAAAAUUAAAGCCUGAAGCGGACCAACGUUUUUGGUCCUUUAAAAAUCAGCUGUAUGUAAAAUAUUGUGUUCUUUAGCUUGGGAAAUAAAUGUGACUCUGGAUGACAACAUAUUGAUGUUUGUUUCCAACAUUAGGGCUGUUUUCCUAAAGAUGUUAAAUCUGCUUCGUGUUUUGUUUCCUUGCCGCCAUACAAACGAGUAUUGCAAUACUGGUAUCGUCCCAGCCCUAGGUGUGAUGUGGUUAUUUUACCUACUUUAGUUGAAAGUACUGAUUGAUUGUAAGUCUCUCUGCAAAAUGGUGUUUGCUAAAUGACUGAAAUGGAUUGGAAUGGAGGGAGAGAGCAUGGGUCACUUCUGUACUUCCAUUAUACUAAAAAGCUACUGUGUUAAUAAGCAUUAACAAUAAAACCGAUGUUGUUCAUCUCAUCAGUAUGUACUGUAUCAACCUUGUGCCUCCACUAAACCCCAACACAGCUAUGUCAACCCUGUUAACAACCAUGUCAUGUCAUCAUCAUGUCAUGUUCAUCGUCCGCCAUUGCAAGCCCCAUGUAGCAAGCCCCAUGUGUCUUACGAAUUCCUAACAUCUAAUCUUCCAUGGCAUGGCGUCUGAGCUAAGUGUGUUUGUCAAAGUGGGCUUGUUUACUGGAGGUCCUGGCUUCCCAUCAUCCCCUCUCUCUGUCUGGCAGCUGCAUUCCUCAAAGGAUUAUAUUCCCUCCCUGGCUGGUAGCUGGAUUUCCUCACGGUUUUUCAGUUUUAUUACAGGAUGUGAUGCGUGUAUUUUUCCACAGACUGCAGUGACUCUUUGAAGCAGUCAGCCAUAGUUGUUUCAAGAUAGAUAGCCCAUUGUAAUGUGAUAUAAACAAAAGCAGAACCUGACUGACUUGUGUGUCAGAGUCAGAUUGGUUUAUUUUGCUUUGCAGAUGAACAACAAAGUUAGUUUCUUGAUAUUAUGUACUAUAAUGUUAGUUGUUUUCAGUUGCAUCAUAUUGAUACUUUCUUCCCUCAAAUGUUUGCUUGUGGCUUUGCAAAGUCAAGCAACACUUCUGAUAAAAUAAAUAAUAUUUUCCUGGCUGCUUGAGGCUGUUUCUCAACUUUAAUUUGAUUUGGGAUUAAAUCCAAGGCGUGUUAUACUGCAGGGCACUACACAGCCAACAAUGCCCCUUUUUAAAGGUAAUUUACGCUUGAGCUGACCUCCUCAGUGUUUACCGUGAGUAGAAUCUCUGCCAACGGCCUUGGAUUGAGUCCCGGUUUUAAACUGAAAGUUGAGAAUGUUUCUCAACUUCAAUUGGAAGUUUCUUCAAAGUUGAGAAUGUGUCUUAACUCCACUGAAAGUUGAGAAUGUGCCUUGACUCAGCUGAAAGUUUAGAAUGUGUCCUGACUCAGCUAAAAGUUGAGAAUGUUUCUUGACUCAGCUAAAAGUUGAGAAUGUGUCUUGACUCAGCUGAAAGUUGAGAAUGUGUCUUGACUCAGCUAAAAGUUGAGAAUGUGCCUUGACUCAGCUGAAAGUUUAGAAUGUGUCUUGACUCAGCUGAAAGUUGAUAAUGUGUCUUAACUGAGCUGAAAGUUGCAGUUUUAAAAUAUGAUUAUCAUCAGGGUUGUUUGGAGGUCAGUUCUUUUCUGACAUUACAGAAUGUUUCCUGUAACACAUACUGGAGAAUGAGAAGUGACAUCUCUUCAUCUAAAAUGUGUGAUGCACGCACAUACGUAUGCAUGCUUUUCUAUCCCAUGGGUUGUAUUUCCUCCAACCAUUAUUGCAUUUUCUGUGAAACUUCAGGCCUUGAAUGAUCGAUGUGUCAAACAAUUCUGUGUUCUCCCUCCCAAAGUCAGAGCAAACCUUAUUCCCAGUCCUCCUACCUUCAACUCAAAGUAUGGAUACCUCAGCUGGGAAUCUUACUCCAAUGUCUCCUAUUACACCCGUAUCCUACCCCCUGUGCCUGAAGACUGCCCCACCCCUAUGGGUACCAAAGGUGAGAGGGCAUCCAAAGUUCCUAUCGGAAAAUACAAAGACUACUGAAGAUUACUUACAAAAAUAAAUCUUCCCAACGGUAACAUGCAUAGCUAACAUACUUUCUUUCCUCUCUUUUCUCCAGGAAAGUCUGUCCUCCCAGACCCAAAGCUGGUGGUGGAGAAGUUUCUGCUGAGGAGGAAGUUCAGGCCGGAUCCACAGGGAACCAACCUGAUGUUUGCUUUCUUCGCUCAGCACUUCACCCAUCAGUUCUUCAAGACCCAAAACAGCAUGGGCCUGGGCUUCACCAGGGCUCUAGGGCAUGGGGUGAGAGAGUUGGUACUCCCUGUACUGUACUGUAUAUUAUAUAUUAUUCAAUUAUGAUAGAAUUAUCGCAUUAUAUUCUAUUAUAUUUAGGGGAGGAAGAGAGGUAGGUAAUGUAUUUAGGUGUUAGCAGGGGUGGACAACUCAAAUCCUUGGAGCAAAACAAAAAUCUAUUCCAACUAGGGUUGGUUGAUGUCAACCUUUGUCCUAUCGUGAUUAUCAGUACCCAUAAAACAUUGUGAUAUAUAAAAAUAGCCACAAAAAUUUAAUUAAAAUGUCAGCUAAAACGACAGUUGGGCUAUAGUGCGAAAUCGAAUGCUACUGGAUGAAUCAUGGCGAAAGAUAAUGUUGUUGAAAGCCUGGCACGUGCAGGAAAUGGCAAAUCUUUUCUUAUAUUCCUUUCUGGUGGAGGAGCAAAACAGGUUUAUCUGUAUCUGUCUGUGUUGGAGCAGUGACUGUCUGUGGAACGGGCCGUCUUACCAUAAUGAGCUGGGUUAUAAACCUACAGUAAAUCAUGGGCUGGAUAGAAGCAGUCUACCGUCUUCAGAACUGAAUAAUAAUUGCUUUAUUUGCCUCAUAAAAUAAUAGAAGAAUAAAUAUUGCUUGUUCUAUAUCUCAUAAUGCUGUGAUUUGAGAAUGUCCUAGGGUUAGGCUUAUAGACUUUCAUUCUUGUUAUUUUUGAAAGCCACAGCAACUUUAGGACACCUUCAUAGGCUAGAAUAUUUGGGAAAUAAGCUACUAAUCAUAACUUGAACUUGUCUUAAAGCUUUUAUGAUAGGCCUAGUAGGAGGAUGGGUUAUUGGCCAUUUGGUUUUCAACCUCGCAUGCAAUGAUUUUCUCGGCCUUUAUGGAUAAUUUCUUUCUUAAUAAGCUUAAACUUGAUUAAACUUGUCAUUCGAUUUUUCUAUAGGCUAUUGAUAUUGUUUGUUCUCUCUCAUUAUUAGUCCUCUGGUUAUCGUACGUUUUUAGGCUAUUCAAAUAACUUUUUGAGAUGGAACUCUGUUGCAUUGAUUGUUUAAUCAGGAGAAAGCCAUGCACAAAACAAUGAAGCGUAGCCUUCAGUCACAUUCAUAGCCUAUCCAAUGGAGAGAGAAGGUAAUAUAGGCAGCGUUUCUUUUUUUACCGCUAGACACAAGAUAGUUAAGGUGUGUCCGUUAUUUAAAAAGAAAUGCUAACACUUUACUUGACACACAGUGUCAUAACACAUUAUGGUCAUAACCAUGUCAUAAUGUCAUAACACUGUCAUGACCCAUAUAUUUACACCUGUUGUGACAUAUAUUACGUUAUUGUAUGGCUGAUUAUGACAUCUACAUAAGUGUCAAAACACACAUUUAUUAAAAUUAUUUUUUUCCUGACAAGAAGUUUCCUUUCGUUUGAAAAUGUGUUUCUUAAAUCCUUUGUUGUUGUAAUUAAUUCUUUACAGUCAUGUUUUUUUAUAAUAUUUUUAAUCACUUGUAGAAAAUGUACUUUAUGAAACUGUCAUGAAGCAUUAUGACCAUCAUGUGUCACUUUACGUGGACUAAGAAUAUACACUAUCAAGAAGCAUUAUGACCAAUAAUCAUAUAAGCCAGAUAGGCCUAUCACGUACCUGCCCUUAUAUCAGUCAUCAGUCAAAAAGAGGGUGUCUUGUCCUGCUCCUGAAAUCUGCUGCUGCAUUCAUCCCAGUCAUCAGCAACAGAUCAUUGGGGUAGGUGCAUGUCUGACAUCAAUGUGUGUGCAAUUAUAAUGCUAAUUGAAUAUGGUCAUUUAUUUGUUAUUUUUUUAUAUAACAUAAACAUACUGCUGGAUUCUAGCUUGAAAUACUUGCUAUACUAGAAGUUAAUGAUUAUAUGUAUAAGGAAUGUAUAUGGUGGGGUCAAUGGAGUGUGGAUAAGAACUAGGGGUAUGGAAGUUACUGAGAGAGGAAAAAGGCAAUCACUUGGUUGUGGUCACUGAUAAGGUUGGAUAGCCGUGGAUUAGAGAGGAGUGGGGAACGUGGGCCCAGGUCAGGUCAGAUUAAUUGAGAAGGAACAGUUUUAUUACACACAUCACUUAGCUUCCUGCCUAGCAACAGAAAUGUAUUGGCUGUCUAGAUGUGCAAGGAGGAGACUCUUAUGUAGGUGUCAUAACCAGCUUAAAAUAACUACCAUGGUAAGUUUAGUGGGUUUUUACACUCUUAACCAGCCAUAAAAUAACUCAAUAUGUCACAACAGGUCUACAUAUAUGUCAUGACAGUGUUAUGACAAGAUAUGUCAGCUGUUAUGACAUGGAUAUGACAGUGUCAUAACGUGUUAUGACACUGGGUGUCAAGUAAAGUGUUACCAAAAAUAUAUAGGUUUAGGCUAUAGCCUAAUGCCCAUGCAUCUGACAGAGAGAGAGAGAGGGAGAGAAACAAUAUUUUCUGACUGGACAUUUUGCACUGCUUUGGUGGAAUUCUCUGCUCUGUCUCUCUGCUCUGUCUAUCUGCUCUGUCUCUCUGCUCUGUCUGGCCUACAUUACUUUCUUGUGUUCUGUAGGCUAAAUAACAUACAGUGAGCGCCAAAAGUAUUGGGACAGUGACAAAUUUGUUUUGUUUUGGCUUUGUACAAAAUUAUACAAUGACUAUGAGGUUAAAGUGCAGAAUGUCAGCUUUAAUUUGAGGGUAUUUCCAUCCAUAUCGGGUAAACCGUUUAGAAAUGUCAGCACUUUUUCUACAUAGUCCCCUCAUUUUAGGGGAACAAAAGUAUAGGGACAAAUUCAUUUAUGUGUAUUAAAGUAGUCGAAUAAGUAGUGCUUCGUCCCAUAUUCCUAGCACACAAUGAUUACAUCAAUCUUGUGACUCUGAAACACAACCAAAACAAACAGCAAAUGCACCCAACAAGUUUAUAGAGUCACAAGCUUGAUGUAAUCAUUACAUGCUAGGAAUAUGGGACCAAAUACUAAACUUUGGAGUACAGAGCCAAAACAAAUAGGAAUAAGCAUGUUACUCAAUGUCACUUGUAUGCUGUGCGCUGUGAGACUUUUUUUUACUGCGCAGCGCCAGUCAAGUUCAAAUAGGCUAAACCAUCAUCUGUCACAUCACGAUGUCAUCACCAUCGACGAAACAAACCCUGCACACUCUACGAGAGGGAGAGAGAGACAUGAGAACCAUAUUCAUCUCUAUCUCUUGCCAUGCAUCAUGUUUCACAAAAUCUAUUUUUAAUCUCAUAUUUUAUAAUAAUCUCUAACCAGGUGGAUGCCGGCCAUGUCUACGGAGAUAAUCUGGAGCGUCAACUGAACCUCCGGCUUCUUAAAGACGGAAAGAUGAAAUACCAGGUAUGUAGAGUAAUGCAUAACUCCACUCCAGCUGUGUGA